UUCCGCCUCCGUUCUCCGCAGUGUCAGAUCGGCCGUCGCGCGCCGAGCCCGAGCCCUAGCGCAGCCGCUCGCCCCGCCUCUCAGCCCCGACCUCUGAGGAACAGCGAGGGCCUUGCGGAUCGGGAUCGCGCCGCGGCGGCAGGACGACCGAUGGGCGAGGAGGCCAAGUACCUGGAGACGGCGCGGGCCGACCGCUCCGUGUGGCUCAUGAAGUGCCCCCCGGUCGUCUCCCGCGCCUGGCAGGCCGCCUCCGCCUCGUCCUCCUCCGACGCCGCCAACCCCAACCCCGUCGUCGCCAAGGUCGUCCUCUCCCUCGACCUGCUCAGCAACGAAGAGCCUUCCCUCCAGUUCAAGAUGGAGUUGGCGCAAACUAACACUGGCAAUACACCUAAAAGCUACUCUUUGAAUAUGUUCCAAGAUUUCGUGCCCAUGUGUGUUUUCUCCGAAUCUAACCAAGGGAAACUUUCAUGUGAAGGAAAAGUCGAGCAUAAAUUUGACAUGGAACCUCACAGUGAUAAUUUGGUGAACUAUGGAAAGUUAUGCCGUGAAAGAACACAGAAAUAUAUGGUUAAAUCUAGACAAGUGCAGGUACUUGACAAUGACCACGGCAUGAGCAUGAGACCAAUGCCUGGCAUGGUUGGUCUAAUACCUUCUGGUUCAAAGGAGAAGAAGAAGCAAACACCAGCCAAACCAUCUGAUGUCAAAAGAACUCGUAGGGAUCGCACGGAAAUGGAAAAUAUUAUAUUCAAGCUUUUUGAAAGGCAGCCUAAUUGGGCACUAAAGGCGCUAGUGCAAGAAACUGACCAGCCGGAGCAAUUCCUUAAGGAGAUACUGAAUGAUCUCUGUGUGUACAACAAACGAGGACCAAACCAGGGGACACAUGAGCUCAAGCCUGAAUACAAGAAAUCCACAGGCGAUACUGAUGCUGCUUGAAGAUGCAAGUCCAUUUAUCUGUAGUUUUAUGAGUGAGAGAUACUGACGACCUGUUGGCCUGACAUGCGAAAACAUUAGCUCUCUGUUGGUAACUCAGGCUACAUGUUUGUAAACAUGAGAUGAUUCAGUUUCAUUUGCAUGCUUUGAGAGGCAUUGUUUGUAAGGAUAUGUAUAAGCUGGAUUCCAAUUGUUCACAGAAAAGAGAAAAGAACUGAAACCACAUGUAAGAGUGUGAAUUGCCGGA